AUGAAAUUAAUUCGCUAUGUCGCCGACAUUCCUUUCGUCUUCAUCUUCGUCUUCCUGUCUGUGUCUGUGUCUGUGUCUGUAAUAAGAAACACAGAUGCUGCAGUGAAGCAGAAGCAGCCCUGCAAUGGCGGAAGUGAUGACGUGUACAAAGGAGAGUGGGUUUACGACGAAUCUUACCCCAUUUUUGACUCCUCCAAAUGCAAAUCCAUUCGCAGAGAAUUCUCCUGCUUGAGAAAUGGUCGAAGCGAUCGGAAUUAUCUCAACUACAGAUGGCAGCCCAGUUCAUGCACUUUGCCCAAAUUUGAUGGGAUCGAUUUCUUGAGGAGGCUAAAGGGCAAAAAAGUGCUGUUUGUUGGGGACUCAGUGAGCGAUAAUCAAUGGCAGUCGCUGGUGUGCAUGCUGCAGGUCGCCACCGGAGAAUAUUCCGGCGCUGCCGCCGGAGAAUAUUUUGGCGCCGCCGCCGUCACCGGUGGUAAUUCGACCUCCACCGUCAGAUUCCAGAAGUAUGGAGUAUCUAUCAGUAUGUUGCUGUCACAUUAUUUGGUGGACAUAGAGAACCGGAAAGCGGGUCGGGUUUUGAAUCUGGAUUCAAUCAAAGAUGGGGAGAUUUGGGAGCAAUACGACGUCGUUAUAUUCAAUACCUGGCUCUGGUGGUACCGCUCCGGACCUAAACAGCCGUGGGAUUAUAUUGAAUAUGAAGGGAAGAUAACGAAGGACAUGGAUCGAAUGGAAGCAUUUAGAAAGGCACUAACAACAUGGGCAAAAUGGGUCAACUCUAAAGCCAACCCUAAGGCCAUCUACUUCUUCCAAGGGAUUUCUCCAAUGCAUUACAGAGGAGAAGAUUGGAACAAGCCGGGAGUGAAGAAUUGCGCGAAUGAAACAACACCUUUGAAAGGAUCAUUGUAUCGCGGUGGCGAGCCAUUAGCUUCGAAAGUAUUGAAGGAUGUUCUAAAUACCCAAGUUAGCCCACCUUCAAGGGUUCAUUUGCUCGACAUCACGACACUUUCUCAACUAAGGAAAGACGGGCACCCCGGCACCCACGGCACCUUUGGGAUGGAUUGCACCCAUUGGUGCAUUGCCGGAGUCAUCGACACUUGGAAUCUCAUCCUCUAUUCACAGCUCAUUCGAGCAAUUUGAUUGUCGAUCAACCAUCGUGUAUCUUCCGAAUUAAUUCUUUGUUUUGCUCCUU